AUGGAAGAUAUCUACGCACAACUUGAGCGACGCGCCGUGAGCCUUCUCCAGCAAUUACACCAACGAUCCUCAGAUGCCAGGGCCAUCAUUAUUCUGGCAGGCCCUCCAGGAUCCGGGAAGUCAACAAUCGCUGCUCAAGUCGUACAGAGAAUCAACACGUACCAUCCAACUCCGAUCGCAAAAGUCCUUCCAAUGGAUGGAUAUCAUUACUCACGCUCGCAUCUAGACAGUCUCCCAAACCACGUCGAAGCCCAUGCACGAAGGGGAGCACAUUGGACAUUUGACGGUCAAGCGGUUCUUGACAUGGUCAAGCAAUUACACGCUUCGCGAGAGAGCCCAGCCACUACUCUCUACAUGCCGAGCUUCGAUCACGAGAUAAAAGACCCAGUUCCUGAUGCCAUUGAGAUAAGUCCAGAUGUCAAGAUUGCUUUGGUGGAGGGCAAUUGGCUCUUGUACAAUGAGCAUCCUUGGAACCAGAUUGUCAAUUAUGCAGAUGACACUUGGUUCGUUGAUGUCGAACCUCAAUUGGCAUUACAAAGGGUUGCGAAAAGACAUGUUGCAUGCGGCAUUGAGAGGACACUAGAGGCGGCGAUGGAUAGAGCGAGGAACAACGACAUGAAGAAUGGAGGGGAAAUUCGGCGUUUUCUGAUUCAGCCGAACAUCAUCGUCAAAAGUGUUGAAGACGUGUGA